CCCCGUUAGUGUAUUUCUUAGUGUGCCUCAUUAGGGGUAUGUUCGUCAUGGUCGCAAACGCGUAAAAACGACAUAUAGAAUAAAAUAAAAAAACAAGCGAAAAGUUAAUUUCUCCGCUACAACGUCCUGCGCAAAAUUUUCUUUGUUUGAAAUAAACUCACGGGCUUACACUUUUUUUGGUCAAAUUCACGCGCAGCCCGCGCCCCCCGGCGCCCAGCCUGGCGCAGCCUAGCCCGUUCCUUUUCCAAGGUUAGCAAUUUCCCCCCCUUUGUUGGGCUCUGUUGGCCUUCUCCACACGCACCAUGCUGGACAGCACGCUGAGGCACCGUGCACCGUACACGCUGUCUGUACACAAAAACAAAGCACGCAUGGCUUUCUUUGCUCCUUUUGGGCUCUGCCCCAGGCUCCCCUUUCCCUCUCGCAUCCACUCCGUCUCCGCUUAAUCAAGGCUAAAUCACUGCUACAGCAUUAACCCGCCUUCCCCUCAACGCUGGUUCGCUUCUCCGCACCUCCUUCCCCGGCAUCGAAUGGCUAUCAACGGCUUCUCCAGGAUCCCCCGCCAUCGUUCCUAACCCGGGGUUAAUUGGCACCAAACACUGGCCAAUAAAGAGCGACGUUGAUUGGUUCUCGGAUUCCAUCUAGACCAGCCAACAUCACGCCGCAUGAGCGAGAUAUCCACAUCAACACGUCAUGCACUCGUAAACGACAUACGAUGCCAAAGCCGGCAGAAGUGGCAAUGUGAAAAAGGAUAAAGGGCAUGGAGCUGAAAGGGGAAAAAAAAGGUAAAUUACAUUAGAAUUAAAUAAGGUUCGGAUAUCAUUCCGCUUCUCUGCUUAAUCACUGCUUCUUUGCUUUAGUUGCUAAUCUCCACAAUAGCAGGUCCGGCAGCAACGGUGUCGUCGUUGACGGCGUCCUUGCAGCUUGUCAGGACCACGUAGCUCUGACCACCAAAGCCCUUGGGAACUGUGACCUUGAAGCCGCCCUCGACGGGCUUGGCCUCGACAAAGGUAGGGCCAGUGACGGAGAUGAAGGCAGCGUAGAUGGUGGCGGGGCCCUCAGCACCCUUGAGAAUGUAGUUGGGUGUCAACAGAGUAAUCUCGUCGCCAGUCUUGACGGUGCCGGCCUUGGGGUCAAGAGCGAGGGCAGGGAAAGCCUUAACAGGGAGUGCGGCGUUCUCCUUGGGGCACGACUUGAUGAAGCCAGAGGCCAAGGAGUACACCUCGUCCAGAGACAGAGGGGUGUCAAAGGCCUGGGCAAAGGGCUUCUGCUUCAAGCUGGCGCGGACGUACGAGGAGUGGCGGGCCUCGACGGUGAGGAUAGAGCCGGCGGCCGUGAGGUAGCCCUUGCUCAUAAUGUCAGCAGCGGCGCCGAGGUAGGCGGAAACACCAACGCCCUCAAGGACAGAGGCGGUGGCCAUGAAGCUCUUGACAUCCUUGACACCAAAGUCGUAUGUGCAGGCAGCAACGGGCUUGGCACCAGCAGCUAUUGUGUAUGUUAGUCGGAGCUGCAUCAAGUAGAUGGAAGCUGCCAAUAUGCUGCUGCAGUAGCAGAAAGAACAGGAGGCUUACCAGUAAGACCACCAGUCAAGAACUCAACGUGUGCAGCCUCGUCGCUGGCAAUGGUCUUGACAUUGUUGUAGACAACCGAGUCAAAGCCGGCAGCCUUGAAGUCGCUCUCGGAGAACUUCUGGAGACCCUCGCGGUAGAAGGUGUCCUCGAGGUGCUCCAAUGUCAGGGCGUACUGAAGGAUAUCAGCUAUUUCAUCACCAUAGUUGUUAGUAAGUCGAGCCAUUGCAUCGAUGGUCUAUAAGAAAACAACACGAACCAUCAGUAACGGCAACGCGCUUGGCAACAGUGGCGGGAGCAGCGGACACGAGUCCGGCAGCAACGACGGCUGCAAUAGUGGCCUGAGAGAAGUACAUGAUGGAGAUGUAUGGAUCCUUAGGAGGAGAAGUGUUAAUUGGAGUGUGAUGAGAUCAAGCAAUGGUAGCUUCUGUACAGCAAUGGCCGCAGCACGGGCUUGUUAUAUCAUAGUUCUUUUUCUCUGCCGGAAGCCAACGCGUCCGAAAGCAUAUCUCAACUUGGCCAAAUCAGACGCGCCAAGGUCAACAAUGGCUGCCUCUUUGCACUCUUGUGCAACCUUAUUCACAAAACUACACGCUAAAUUCGGAUGAGGCCUGAGCCGGGAGGAAUGAUUCCAAAGGCCAAUCUCCCAAAUAGGCUCUAGAUGCAAGGCAAAAGCAGUAGCCUUGGGUCGAUCCAGUCUAUUUUCUGGGGUCGGAGUCCUCGAUGGUGGCCGGAACACAGGCCUCCCGACGCCCUCUUUGUGACUUGCUUUUUGGGUGUCUCCCUGGGCGUACAAAUUUGUACCUUGCAGCAAAUUGUCUCAGCCACUAGCCUGUGCUAGCGCGGACGCUUGGAUGGGGAGAUUGGAUUUUUAAUCUGAUCAGAUAAUCGCUGGCCAAUCAGCGUCGCCAUCACGCCCACAAUUCGCAACGGCAAGCCCAGCUUCCGGGCGUCGGAUGCUAAGACAAGCGACAACCAGGACCAGUUUUCUGGGGGAAUUGUGCUUGGCAAUUACACUAGAACGCGUAGCUGCAUAGCCGUAUUGCACCGUCACAGUAACUUUGCUAUGAUGGCAGGGCCUCUGAUUGAUAUACGAAGGAGUAGCAGCUUCGCCUCUGCUGCUAGUAUUACUAUUAUUGCUGCUGCUGCCAUCUGCAAUCCAUCUCCCCUCCACUCAAACUCUCUCUUGCCAUUGCAUCUCUACAGGAAAGAAAAUCUAAGAAAAUGAAGUUUUUCACUAUUGCCUCUCUGGCUACUCUUGCCGCCGCCGAUGUCUCUACCGUCAUCUGUCCUACCUGCAAGCCUGCAUCCUCGACCCCCGAUGUCGUGACGCGUGCUCCUCUGCCCACGUCGUCGUGCACUGCUCCUAAGCUCACCACAGUGCCUGUUAGCGGCGGCGGCAGUAUCACUACCAUCACCACUGUCUACACUAUUACCUCUUGCGCGCCUACUGUUACCAACUGCCCCGUAGGCAGCAAGACUACUCAGGUUAUGACCAUGCCUGUUGGCACCAAGCCCUCCGGUGGCAACUCUGGCACGCCGUCUCAGCCCACAACCGUUCCCAUUACCGGUGCUGGAGCUCGUCUUGGAGCCCCUGCUGCUGCGCUUGUCGGCGCGGUUCUGGUUGCGUUGGCGCUUUAAUUGUACAUUAGCCGCGAGGAUGUCAUAUGCAGUACCUACCUUAAUAACCUUCUAAUACUACAUGCUUCUUUUUU